GAAUUUUGAAAAGUGGAAGGAGAAAUGGCGGCAACCAGCGAUGAAGAAAUGGAGAGUCUACUCUCCACCUUCGAUCAGAUCUACAAGGACUUCCAAAACAGCGUCGUAGAAGUCCAGCUCCUCAGAUCCAACUGCAAUGUGGAGAUCGAGAAGCGCCAAGCUCUUCAAUCCACCUGCGACAGUCUCAAGCAAGAUAAUGAGCGACUUAGAAAGCUAUAUACAGAAUCCUUAUACAAACUGGCUGAGCAGCUUGAACGUCGUACCAAAUGCCAAAGUUUGAAAGAGGAACUGAAACGAGUCAAUGAUGAGCAUCUCAGUAAAGAAGAUGAACAUAGGAAGGCUAUUGAAAUGCUUCAACAAAAUCAUGCAAUAAAGGUUGGGGAUCUAGAGAAUCAGAUCAGAUGCUUGCUACUUCAAAUAGCUGCAAAUGAAGCAACCAUAAAUCACCUCCAUAAAGACUCAGCAGCACAUAAGACCCAUAUACAAGCUCUAAUGAACAGGUUGGAGCAAGUUCAGUUUGAUGUGGAGUCCAAAUAUCGUCAAGAGAUUCAGGAUUUAAAGGAUUGUCUUAUGGUUGAACAGGAGGAGAGAAAUGUUUUGACUAAGAAGCUCCAAAAUUUGGAAAAGGAAAUGCUGAUUAGCAGAACAAAGCUGGUUGAACAGCAACGAGAUUUGGCUUCAAAUCGACAUGUUGAUACGCUGAAACAGAAGAUCAUGAAAUUAAGGAAAGAGAAUGAGGUGUUAAAAAGGAAGGCACAUGAUGCAAAAGAGGGCUAGAGCGUUUUGCUUUGCUUUGGAGUGGAGUACUAGGGUAUGUUGCUUUGUGACUUUGCCAUUGUGCUUGCAGACUUGAUUCUGUAUAAGCAGUAAGUGCAAUAGACCACAACCAAACAUUCCAGAAUCUUAAUCCAAGAAUUUAAAUGUUGGCUGGAUCAGUUAGAAUUCAUCUGUUGGGAAACUUAGAAAAAGCAUGCUGUGUAAAAUGAUACCAACUUCACCAGCAUAUAAACACAACUUUCAAAUGUAGGUUUACUAUUAGAUGCAGCAGUCCUUCCUUUACUUCUCCCACGUGAAGAAUUAAUAUGUGGAAUCUCAUAUCUCCUCAGUCCUGUUAUGUAUAGCAAUCAUAUAAUACUCUUGUAUGAUAAUUUUAAAGCGUUACUCUUAAAACA